AUGCCAACCUUCUACACUGGCGAGGGCGACUAUUGCGCACACUGCCCCGACAAGCAGGGCUGCUGGGACGGAGCGUUCUGCGGCGCCCUUCGCCCCUCGGGGAUCGACACCAUGUGCGCCAAGGAGCAUUGCACCUGCGUAACCGAGGACAAGUGCGUCGCAAACUCGCCCGCCUACGUGCCGUGCGAGGCAUGCGGCGCCGACGGAGACCCGGACCUGAAGGAGCUCCCGCAACCCGACGGCCCGGACGCGAUGAAGGGCUGCUUCUCCGGCCAGUGCACCGGAUGUGGCCGUCCGCGCUCUUGCCCCGACUACAACAACGCGGACCUGACGGACCCGAUGGGCUUCCCCUACUUCUACACCGGCAGUUCGGCCUUCUGCUCCCACUGCCCCGACUCGCAGGGCUGCUGGGACGGAGACUUCGCAGGCGGCCCCGAGCACUGCACCUGCGUCACCGACCCCACCGAGUGCGUGCCCGACACGCCGCGCUUCUCCGAGUGCAAGGCUUGCGGCGCCGACGAGGACCCGCCGAUGCAGUCCCUCCCCCUCGGGCCGGACUCCAACAGCUGCCUGAUCGGCUGCUACCACAUGGCGGGGUACCCCGACGCCGACAGCACCCACCAGUGCGAGUGCGGCCAAGCGGCAUACGACGCGUGCAGCCUGCCGGGCUUGAAGUCCGAGGGGUGCGAGUCGUGCUGCGCCGACCCCGCUGAGGCCACCUUCAUCAAGGAUCCCGAACCCUAG